AUUAAUAUUUCCUGAUUGGUUGCAUUUAAAGACCAAUGUUUUAUAAAUAUCGUGCAAAAAGUAUAUCAUUGAAAUUUUUUUUCUACAAAGUAAUUUAUAUAAUUUAAUUUUGUAUAAUUUUCUAUAAUUAUUUUAAUAAUAAAAAUAAAAUGGAAAUAGAAGAACCAAUAAAAGAAAAUGCUGUAGAGGUUAUUAGGGAAGGAUUGAGAGAAUUGAUUCAUAUAGAAAGAAAGGAAAAUCGUAUGAAAACAGUAAAUAAAAGUCGUGUGGCUUUAGGAAAUAUUAUAACGAAUUCAUCUUUUACAACAGAAUUUGUAAUUGAAAAAGCAAAAGCUCUUAAAAAAAAAGCAUUAUCUAUUGAAGAGUAUAAAGAGCUUCAAAAUGCCCUUAUUCAGAGUGAAGAAAAUGUUAAUUCGUUUUUAAAAGUGGAUAACGUCUUAUUUGCACUGGUACGUGAUUUCUCUAGUAAUGACCCUGUUUUACAAUUAUGUGCUAUUAGUUGUUCUUGUAAUAUAGCACUUGGAAAUGCUAAAGCAUGUACUUCAUUAACGAAAAGUAUUGGACCAUAUCUUAUUACAAAAUUAGAUACUUUAAAUUAUUCUUUAUUGGAAAUAUGUAUAUGGACAAUAGGAAAUUUAAUUUCAGGAAGUAAUAAAGCAUUUGAAAUUCUUCAUGCCCAAGAUUGUUUGAAAUAUAUUAUAUCCUUGAUGUACAAUUGUGAUAAUGUAAUUGUGUCUUCAGUAGCUUAUACUGCUAUGCAUUAUGUACAUAUUGGUUUUCAAUACAUCUUAAAAGAAGAAAUUAUUGAACUUAUCAAUGCUACUAUAAAGAGAAACUUUACAUUUGAAGAUUCAUAUUUUAUUUGGUUGCUUGCAUUAUUAUCUUCAGAAAUAUCAUGUCACAUAUAUUUAUAUUCUGCAAUCCCUUUGAUAAUUGAUUAUUUAUAUGAAAAUAGUAUAAACAAUAUCACAUCAAUAAUAGAGAUCACAGCAUGUAUAAGAAUAUUAGCUAAUACCAUACAAGAAACAUCUGGACAAUUCGCAAAGUUUCUAUUGGAAAAUUCAAAAUAUUCACUAUCAAAUUUAAAAACAUUAUUAAAUAAAUUGCUUUUAUGUCAGUAUGUGCAUAUUAGGAAAGAAACAUUAUGGCUAAUAGGUAAUCUUUAUAAUCACAAUUCUGUUGAUAUAAAAAAAAUUAUACAAGAAGUUAUUUCUGAAUCAGUUUUGAAGCAAACAGUCUUAUAUACAAUUCAACAGUAUCAAUAAAUGCAAACUCUAUUAGUUAAAUGAUUAUGUGUAAGAUACAUAACUUGUGAAUAAAUUGUCGUCCUAACUCUAUGAAAGUAUUUUUCUCUGAUACAUCCUCAAUACAAGGUAUUUUUAUUAUAUUAAAGUAUAUGCGACCCAUAAUAUGUGCUGUCGGAUGUGUCGUGGCUUUCAAACAAUGAUAUAGCG